ACAUCGCUUACAGAGCAGUGAAAAUUCUGAGGAGCUCGUAUUGUGUGGUGUGUUCGAACUCAAUUAACUUAAUUAAGUUUAAACAAAAACGAGCAGUGUUAGUCGCACUUUAAACCAACGUGAGGAAUUCGACCCGCUUACCACUUAAAAAAUCAGCCACGUAUAUCGGUCCGCCGGUAAAAACCGCACCCGUACGAAAAAAUGGCAACAGCAGCUAACACGACGACAGCUGGAGCAGCGAAAGACGGUGCACUGGCAGCGACGGCAGCAGCGCCUGCAAAGACUUUAACCGGCAUUGUGAAACAAGUUCUAUCUGGCGACACGGUUGUUAUACGUGCUUCAAAGGGUGCCCCACCGCCGGAAAAACAAAUCACCUUCUCGCAUGUGCUCGCUCCGAAACUGGCACGCCGGCCUGGCGCUGGCGGGGAUGAGACGAAGGACGAACCGUGGGCAUGGGAUUCGCGCGAAUAUUUGCGCAAGAAGCUAAUCGGCAAUGAGGUGACGUUCACCUUUGACAAACCCGCCAAUUCCAAUCGGGAAUACGGUUUUGUGUGGUUGGGCAAGGACAAGGAAACGGGUGAGAAUAUCGUUGAGUCCAUUGUCCGUGAGGGUCUCGUCACUGUACGUCGCGAGGGCCGUCCAACACCCGAGCAGCAGACGCUCAUUGAGCUUGAGGAUCAGGCACGUGCCGCUAAUCGUGGCAAAUGGGCGCCCAACGUCAACUCGGCGGACAAGGUGCGCAACAUCAAGUGGGCGCACGAGAAUCCAGCCCACAUUGUCGAUGUCUAUGGCGGCAAGCCCGUCAAGGCAAUCAUUGAGCAUGUCCGCGACGGCUCUACUGUGCGUGCCUACCUCCUACCCGAUUUCCAUUACAUUACGCUGAUGAUAUCAGGUAUUCGCUGCCCGGGCGUUAAACUCGAUGCGGAUGGCAAACCCGAUCUGAGCGUGAAAGUGCCCUUUGCCGACGAAGCUCGUUACCAUGUGGAGACGCGUCUGCUGCAGCGUGAUGUCGAGAUCAGGUUAGAAUCGGUUAACAAUUCGAACUUUAUUGGCACGAUUCUGUAUCCCAAGGGCAACAUUGCCGAAUCACUGCUGCGCGAAGGUCUGGCCAAGUGUGUGGACUGGUCCAUGGCCGUGAUGAAGACAGGCGCUGAUAAGUUGCGUGCAGCCGAACGCGUUGCAAAGGAGAAACGGUUGCGUCAAUGGCAGGAUUACCAAGCAAAAACGCCUACCUUCAACUCAAAGGAGAAGGAUUUCACGGGCACCGUUGUCGAGGUGUUCAACGGCGACGCGAUUAAUGUACGUGUGGCCAAUGGACAGGUGAAGAAGGUAUUCUUCUCUUCGAUUCGCCCGCCACGUGACCAGCGUGCCGUUGUGGGCACCGAUGGCGAGGAAAUUGUGAAGGCGCCACCACGCGGUAAAAACUAUCGCCCGCUGUAUGAGAUUCCGCAUAUGUUUGAUGCCCGUGAAUUUUUGCGUAAAAAACUCGUCAACAAGAAGGUGCAAUGCAAUCUAGACUACAUUUCGCCGCUGCGCGAUAACUUUCCUGAGAAGCACUGCUACACCGUUCUCAUCGGUGGUCAGAACGUGGCCGAGGCAAUGGUCGCAAAGGGUCUGGCGACAUGUGUGCGUUAUCGGCAGGACGAUGAUCAGCGGUCAUCCGCAUAUGAUCAACUGAUAGCCGCAGAGCAGCAGGCAAUCAAGGGUCUGAAGGGCCUCCAUGCCAAGAAGGAUAACGCGACAUUGCGUGUUAACGAUCUCACUGUAGAGCAUUCCCGUAUUAAGGUGCAGUACCUGCCUUCCUGGCAACGUGCCUUGCGCACCGAAGCCAUCGUUGAGUUCGUUGCCAGCGGCUCACGUCUCCGUCUGUAUGUGCCUAAGGACAGCUGCCUUGUUACCUUCCUGCUCGCUGGCAUAUCGUGUCCACGCUCCUCGCGCCCCGCCCUCAACGGCGUACCAGCCCAGGAAGGUGAACCCUUUGGUGAUGAAGCGCUCACGUUUACACGCGAGCGUGUCCUGCAACGCGAUGUGUCCGUGCAUAUUGACACCACAGAUAAGGCGGGCUCGUCUGUUAUUGGCUGGCUCUGGACUGAUCAAAAUGUCAAUCUAUCGGUUGCCCUCGUUGAGGAAGGUCUCGCCGAGGUGCACUUCAGUGCCGAGAAGUCGGAGUACUAUCGCCUGCUCAAGAGCGCCGAGGAUCGUGCGAAGGUUGCCAAGAAGAACAUUUGGGCCAACUACGUGGAACAAGUGCCUGAGGAGAAGGUCGUCAUAGAGGAGGAGAAGGAUGAGAAGGUGCCAGUCGAACGCAAAGUUAACUACGAGAACGUUAUUGUCACCGAGAUCACCGAAACGCUGACCUUCUUUGCCCAAUCCGUCGACAACGGACCCAAACUGGAGACACUGAUGAGCAAGUUGCAUGCCGAUUUUCAGGCUAAUCCCCCAAUUGCCGGCGCAUACACACCCAAGCGAGGAGACUUGGUCGCAGCCCAGUUCAUUUUGGACAAUCAAUGGUAUCGUGCCAAGGUGGAGCGCAUUCAGGGCAACAACGCCAGUGUCCUGUACAUUGACUACGGCAACAAGGAGACUCUUCCAAUUAGCCGCUUGGCUGCAUUGCCAGCUUCGUUUAGCAGCGAGAAACCACAUGCCACGGAAUACGCACUUGCUUUGGUCGCACUGCCCGCUGACAAUGAGGACAAGGAGGAAGCUCUGCGCACCUUCUCGGACGAUGUGCUCAACCACAAGGUGCAGCUCAAUGUUGAGCUGAAGGUGGGCGGUGGUCCACAUCUGGCCAGUCUGCACGAUCCCACAACGAAGACGGACUUUGGCAAGCAACUUGUGGCCGAUGGGCUUGUGUUGGUGGAGAAGAGACGCGAGCGGCGACUCAAGGAGCUGUUGGAGCAGUAUAGGGCUGCCCAGGAUGCUGCAUUGGCUGCACAUCUGGCCAUCUGGAAGUACGGUGACAUUACGCAGGACGAUGCGCCCGAGUUCCGUUAGAAGACGACUCUGAGCGUGCAGUAGGCAGGCGGCGUGUGGAGCGCGCGCUGCUGGCUGAAAUGUUUGUCUGCCACAUACCCGCCCUUUAUAUAACAACAACAACGUCAAGAAACAACUUAA